UGCUGUUGGUCAUUUAAAUCAAACAGCGUUUUUAGAGAACAAUCACAUAACCGUAACAGCAGCUGUGUACACAGACUUGCUCAUAUCUUGAUUUUUGACAUGUUUUAAGAACGAUCGUCAUGGGCUCCGGCAAAAGAAGCUCGCUUAAUGCGUUCGUUUCAUGGUAAACUUCAAUUCCCAUCAUGCCAAAUGGAGGCUCACGACGACAGCGCUACUUGAACAUACAAAGCAGCAGUCGCGCGGUUCGUCUGCGCGCUCGCGAGUGGGACAUUUUUGGGAACAGCUGAGAGCUUUGCAACUGCGCUUUUAACACUUUGUAGUGUUUAUCGAGAUGGGACCCAUUCUGCAAGAGCAAAUAGCAUCUGCGACACUGAAGAGGGUGCCUGGCAAGGAGAAGGUUAGAGUGAAAAAGGCAGAAAACACUGGGAUUGUUGCCAGCAAUAAUAAUAAGAGAGUAGGAAGCGUGAACCAGAAUAAGAAACCUCUUAAGAAAACAGUGACCUUGCAUCCAGGCCAAGAAAAGGAUCCACAGCCCACAGCUGUCAAUGGCAAAAAUGGAAUCAAACCAAAGAAAGCGAAGAGUCCGACUGCUGGAACUUGCAAGUUGUGUGGCACACAGGGCCAAGCUGACUUGAGGCCUCCACAUCCCAAACUCUCAUGUCCAGAGCGUGGACAGGACAGGCCAAAGAUUCAGCUUCCGUCUCAGAGUUGUACUGAGAUGGUACAGAGCAAUGCAGCCUUGGAAAAGAGCCGACGAGCUCUAUCACUGCCAUUGGCUCCUCAGCCAAUGCUGCAUCAAAUCUCCCUGCCAAAACAAGUUCCUGACCUGGAGUCAUUCCGCCUUCUGGAUCACAAGGAGGAUGAUACGGACAGUGCCAGUGACCUGUCUGACUCCGAAAGGCUCCCUGUGCUGCCUUCCCCCUGCACUCCUCCUCAGCUCAACCUCCGAGCAGAGGUGAUUAACUCCAUGGACCUGCAUCCCUACUUUCCUGGACCCAGGAUGGUGGAGAAUGAAGAUGACAGCUACAGCUACCCAGACUUCCUUCCACCCCCAUUCAAUACCUGGAGUCUGAGGCAGCUCACCAUCUUCCUUAAUACCGAGGGUAAACGGGCUCCCAGGCCUAAACCUGUUGGCCAGCUUGAAAAGUAUUUAGAGCGCCUCCUACAGUUAGAGUGGCACCAGAUACAAACCAUCCAGGCUGAAAGCGGGCGGCACACUACACCCAUCAUCCGAGGUCAUGCCCCCAGUGCCCCAGCAAACAGCAACCACCCUAGGCCUCACACUGCUCCCCCGACACGCCUCAGCUCCCCCAAAAGCCUUCUUCAGGGUCAGCGGGCCUUCCCUCUUUCCCCCUUCUCCUCCAUGAGCAGUCCAUCUUCCACUCAACUUUCUCGCCCUGUCUGCCCUCACUGCCAUUUUCGCUACCCACUCUGCAAUGGCAGCUGCUCUUCAUACGCCUACCAGCGCCACUCCCGUCUUAGCCCCUUGCUAGAGCGCAAAGCCCCACCAGCAUACACCCAAAAGAGGAGCAGCAGUGAAAGCCGGGCCUCCACCUCAGAAAACCGCCCCAUAUCCAAAACCCAACACCCAGUGAGUCCUCAGGCAGCAAGAGUUGACCAGAGGCAUAUGCAGGCAGCAGGAAAUGUGCGCAGAACCUCGCAAGAACUUAAUGCAAACAGUAAAUCCCAUGCUUUAGUCAGGAAAGGAAAGACUGGGAGGUCAAAUGAGGUAGACAGACUGAAAGAUACACCUGUGGGAAUUAAAUAUGGGGGUGCUGAUAGGCGGGUUGCUGCUGCUAUUAAGCGUGAAGGCGGUGGUCUGGGUAAAAGAGGGGAUAAAUAUGGGCAGAAAGACGAAAAAGGCGAGGUACGAUUAAGAUCUGGCGCUAAAAGAACUGUCACUGACAGCUGUGAUGCUAAAGAUACCAAGAAUACUGGCAAAGUUAAAAACGCUCAGUAUGCCAAGUAGUUAGUGCUUUGUAACUUUAACGCUUCUUUAGUUUAAAGGUGCUGUAAGUGAUUUUUUUUUUUUUUUUUUUAAAUGACAUGAAGAAAACCUGUCAGAUAUCAUUAAAAUAGGUGCCAUGAAAUAUCACACCUGUCUCUGUAAUCAGCAGCAAAAAAGGAUGUCCAUGGUGCUUGGUCACAUUGAUUGUUUAGCCAAUCAAAAGACUUUCUGCCUGUAAAGCAUGGCAAAUUCAACGUCUAAAGCCAUGGGUAUACUUCCAAUUUGACACGAGCACUCAGAAUCUGCGUACAAUCGAAUGUGAGCCUGUCAAAAUAUACUCCAUAUAAUUUUGCGCGCUACGACUGCUAUGGGACAUCAGACUUUCUCUUCAGGACUUUAGACCCACAAAGAUGUCUUUAUAUUCCUUCAGACUCGAGUUAUACAUAUGUAGGUAUCACCAGACCUCCUCACACAUGCUCUCUUGACUUGCACAUCCACUGUUGUUGUUUUUACCUUCAUCUCCUGAUGUUUAGCGGCAAUUACAUCAUCUUAAUCUAGCGCUUCUUCGUGAUAGCAACGGCUCAAAAUGUAAUUGUUGCAUGUAUUGCCGUCCUGUACGUGGACGCCCAGCGUUCAUGUCUUAGUGAAGCAUACUUUGGGCUUAAGUCUGGUGGAAGUUUCAGAACGGCUAAAAUAGCUUACAGCACCUUUAACUAAAUUGCCUCAAAAUCAUAUACUCAAGGCUAAAAAUAGGUUCUUCUCUUUAGAAAUGGUCUUUUCAUGGUCAUUGUCUUUUUUCGAAGUGCAUUUUUUCAAUAAGAUAUACAGUGGCCCCAUUAAGUGCUAGGACACUUAUGCCACACUUAAAAAUGUACUACUGUCAUCACAUUAAAUAACAAAAUAUCAAACCAAAUGGCAUUUAUUUUAGAUGGGUAGCACAAGCACACUUUUAAAGCAAAACAUUUCACACACACAAA